GAGGUUUCGAGAACUUGAAGUCUGAGCGGUGUUGUAUAUCGACUUAUAUUCCUAUGUAACUGCUAGUGCUUUAAAUCGUUUCCUUUAUAAUUUAUUGUUUCUUCAUCAAUUAGCAGAGCAGAGAAAAAGGCAGAGUGUUUAGGGUUUUGGUUUUGUUGAAGACGAAGCAACAAUGGCAAAAGACGGACCCAACUGGGAUGGAUUGCUCAAAUGGAGCCUCGCUCACUCUGAUGGCACUCGCCCCAAUCGCAAUUUGAGCGAGGAGGAUAGGAGAUGGUUUAUGGAAGCGAUGCAAUCGCAGAGUAUUGACGUUGUGAAGCGCAUGAAGGAGAUAACACUUGUAAUGCAAACUCCUGAGCAGGUUUUGGAAGCUCAAGGAGUUACUCCUGCUGAUAUUGAAGAUUUGUUGGAUGAGUUGCAAGAGCAUGUUGAGUCUAUUGACAUGGCCAAUGAUCUUCAUUCCAUUGGCGGUUUGGUCCCUCUUCUUGGUUACCUGAAGAAUUCCCAUGCUAAUAUCCGAGCAAAGGCUGCAGAAGUUGUGACCACUAUUGUCCAGAACAACCCCAAGAGCCAACAAUUGGUCGUGGAAGCAAAUGGCUUAGAAUAUCUGUUUUCUAAUCUCACAUCCGACCCUGAUGUGACUGUUCGAACCAAAGCGCUCGGCGCAAUUUCCUCUUUAAUCCGGCACAACAAACCUGGUAGCAUUGCAUUUCGUCUAGCAAAUGGUUAUGCAGCCUUGAGAGAUGCUUUAUCUUCUGACAACGUGAGAUUCCAGAGGAAAGCCCUGAACUUGAUUCAGUUCCUACUGCACGAGAAUAGCUCUGAUUGCAAUGUAGUAAGUGAGCUAGGGUUUCCACGCAUAAUGUUGCACCUUGCCUCUAGCGAAGAUCUAGAAGUACGAGAAGCUGCACUCCGGGGCCUUCUUGAGCUUGCUCGAGACAAAACUGAUGGGUCCACUAGUGGUUUAGCUGAUGAAGAUGAGAAAUUGAAGCAACUUCUUCAAGAGCGAAUUAAAGGUAUUAGUUCAAUGUCUCCUGAAGAUCUUGGGGCAGCUAAAGAGGAGAGGCAGCUGGUAGACUCCCUCUGGAAUGCCUGCUACAACGAGCCAUCUUCUCUUCGUGAGAAUGGGCUUCUUGUGCUUCCAGGGGAAGAUGCACCACCACCUGAUGUUGCAAGCAAGGUUUUUGAACCUCGUCUUAGAGCUUUUGCUCCAAAUCCUGCAGAUAAAAACCCUGGUACCGAGAAGAAAGAAACUCCUCCUCUGCUGCUAGGUGCAGGUCCUCCACCGGAAGCUGCAAAUGUUCAAGGUAGUUCUACUACCAGAGAUGAUGCCAAUGGGAGCUCUCAGACAAAUUAGUAAUGUAGCUGUGGCUGUUUUUGUUGCCUCUAUUUAAUCAGCUCACGGAACCAGUGUACUGUAUCAUACACUCGGUUGUAAUUUCGUUCAUUCCAUUCCCCCAUACCCCUUGUAUUUCUCUUUAGAUUCAAAAGUUUUUUGCUUUGCAUAGUAUCACAUUUUGUUAGCUGUUGAGCGUGGUAUUAAUGAAAACAAGGUUUUUGUUGUUUCUUA